AUGGGAUUCACAACAUCUCACGUCGAACUCCAUGGGAAAACGUACCAAGUUCCUCACCGUCCGACCGUGGUAGUGUGUGUCGACGGAUUUGAUCCAGAAUACCUCGAAGCAGGAUGCAAAGAUGGAAUUAUACCAACAUUGAAGAGCUUUGUCGAGUCAGGUUUCCAUGCAACGGCCAAUUGUGCGAUGCCUUCUUUAACCAACCCAAACAACCUAUCAAUAAUCACAGGUGCGCCAACAAACGUCCAUGGCGUGUCUGGGAACUACUAUCUCGACAAGGUCACAUGGGAAGAGCACAUGGUUCUGGACGACUCGACAAUGCAUGGUUCUACAAUCCUCGAGCAGUUGGCUAAUUCUGGGGUGCGAGUGGCAGCUAUCACUGCGAAGGAUAAGUUGAGAAGAAUCAUCAACCAUGGCCUCGUACCAGCAAAGGGUGCUGUGUGCUUCUCCGCCCAAUGCGCGAACGACUGCACCGAAUCAGAGCACGGAAUCAAGGAUGUAGAGAAGUGGUUAAAUCUGCCACUUCCAACCCAAUAUUCCGGCGAACUAUCACUUUUUGUCCUCGACGCGGGGCUCAAAUUGCUUCAAGAAAACCGUGCUGAUUUCUUCUAUCUAACGCUGUCCGAUUACAUUCAACACAAGCAUGCCCCUGGCUCCCCCGAAGCAAACGACUUCCUUCAGAAGCUAGAUACUAUACUCGGGGAAUUCGUCAAACUUGGUGCCGUUGUUGUUGUUACCGGAGACCACGGGAUGAGCGACAAGUCGGACUCAGAAGGAAACCCCAAUGUACUCUUCUUGGAAGAUUUUCUAAAAUCCAAGUGGCCAGAAUGCGGCGCAAGAGUUAUUUGCCCAAUUUCAGAUCCCUUCGUCAAGCACCACGGCGCUUUAGGUGGUUUUGUUCGAGUUCAUAUGACCGACACAACCCAAAUAAACGAAAUACUGUCGCAGACUCGACAGCUACCUCAGGUAGAAGUUGCAUACACGGGCGAAGAGGCAGCGGCGGUGUUUGAUAUGCCGCUAGAUCGAGAAGGCGACAUGGUUGUUAUCUCGAAAAAAAACUUUGUCGUCGGCAGCCGAAAGGACGAGCACGAUCUAUCCCAGCUCCAGGGCCACCGAUUACGUUCACACGGAGGCCUAUCCGAGCAGGCAAUUCCCUUGCUUAGGUCUACUCCAAUAAAAGCAAAUGAUCAAAUUGAUGGAAGAAAAUGGAGAAAUUUUGAUGCCUUCGAAAUAGCUCUCAAUUAUUGA